GGUAAACGUAAUAGAUGUCAAACUCACAGAAGAAAAAACACCAUUAGCAACACCCUCACGUUCUGUGGUUUUGGUUGUGUUGGAAAAUGGCCAGAUCGGAUCAACAGUCUUUGUUUGAUGUUGCUGUUGAUCCGAAGCUCAUUGAUGGACUCCGAGAGAUUUCAGAUUUGCGAAAUCAUCAAGAAGUGUUCCUGCCGGCUAUCAGUGAAGGUUUACCUGAUGAAGGAAGAAAAAAGGAAGGAGAAAUGGAAGAGCUCAUGUCCUGUAGAGAAGUGUCUGACAAGAAGCUUUGCACAACAUGCCAGUGUUUUUUUGAGAAUCGUGAUGAUCAGAUGGAGCAUUAUAAACUAGACUGGCAUCGCUUUAAUCUAAGACAGCGACUGGCUGGACAAUCAGUGAUCACAGUGGAGGAGUUUGAGAAGAAGACCGGAACAGGUGAUAUGUCCAGUAUUUCAGGGUCAGACUCUGAGGAGGAGGAAUCACAAAGUGAGGACGAGGGUGAAGAAAAUGAGGAUGAAGAUGAUGGUGUAAUUUUUCAUGGGGGGUGUUUAUCUAGCAGAGUUUUGUUCCAAAACUCACAGGGACAAUAUCUGUGUCUGUAUCGAUGUGCAGUACAAAACAGGCUGACAGACAGUAAGGAUAAUUUGGUGGAUUCCUUGCUCAAAAUCUCGGCGAACACUGUCUGGGUAAUUCUGAUGACUGGUGGUGGACAUUUUGCUGGAGCAGUUUAUAAAGGAAAAACAGUCCUGCAGCACAAGACGUUUCACCGCUACACAGUACGUGCCAAAAGAGGAACAGCUCAGAGUGUCCGUGAUGCUCAGAACAAAAGUCAUGCCCCCAAAUCUGCUGGUUCUGCUCUCCGGCGCUAUAAUGAAGCAAUGCUGACAAAGGAAAUUCAGGAGCUGCUGAAGAACUGGGCUGAAUAUUUAACACAGGCUGCUGCCAUUUUCCUCCGUACCCCCAAAUAUAACAGAGGUGUGUUUCUUGGAGGUCGUGGAGCAGUGUUGGAGAAAAAAGACUCGAGGAUUCAUUCGAUCCCUUUUGCCACUCGCAGAGCCACUUUCAAGGAAAUUCAGCGUGUUCAUGACAUCCUCUCAGCACUGCACGUUUAUGAUAAAAGCACAGAUAUUAUAACGUUACUCAGUCCAGCCAAGAGAGUGUGGCAGAGAAAACCUGCGAGUCAGAGCAAGCAAACCACAACUGCAAUAGAGGAAAAGCAACCGGAGUAUGAGGUAGAUGAUGACGAUGACGAUGAUGAUGAAGAUAAAGAAAGCUCUGUACAGCUAGAGAUGGUGGAAAUGACAUUUUCAACUUUGGAUUUAAGGGACCAUGAGAUAAAACCCACCAAGAAAAGACGAAGAAGGAGAAAAGACCAAAAACCAGAGGAAAAAGAAAAAGAUGAGACAGAGGACUUGAGCAGCAGGAAGAAGAAGGAAGAAAAAAUAGGAAAAGAAAUCAUGAAGGACAAGAUGAAAACAAAGAGCAAAGAACACCAAGAUGAUCAAGAUGAAUCAUGUGUACUGUGGGAGUAUGAUUUAAGAGACGCCCUCUACACUGCAUGUAAAACUGGUGAUGUGGAGAUGAUCUGCUCACUUAUGCACGGGAAGACAAACACACUACCUCAACAUCUUAACACCCCCAUCGACUCAGCUGAUUACACACUGCUGCAUGUAGCAUCAGCAUCUGCACAGAAACACGCUGUUAAACUCUUACUGGAGAAAGGAAGUGACCCAACCUGCAGGGACAGGAAUGGCCAAACUCCAUAUGCUGUUGCACCAGACAAGGAAACCAAAAACAUAUUUCGAAAAUUCAUGGCUGAAAAUCCUGAAAAAUACAACUACGCUAAAGCUCAGAUUCCUGGACCGCUAACUGCUGAAAUGGAGAGUAAGAAAGCCGAAAAGAAAAAGGCACAGAAGGCAGCAAAAAAGCAACGAGAGAAAGAACAAAAAGAUGAGAGACGAAAAGAAGAGGAGGAGCAGGAGGAGAAGAGACGGUUCCUAGCGCUCAGCGACAGAGAAAAGCGAGCACUGGCUGCAGAAAGAAGACUGGCAGAACAGGCAGCUAUAACAGGAGCAACAAUUACUAAUAUCAGGCGGUGCUGGCAGUGUGGCGACUCUCUUUUGGGGAAGGUGCCGUUUGAGUAUCUUAAUUUGUUUUUCUGCUCAACAAAAUGUCUACAGACUCACCGCAGAACCAACAAUGCUGCUAAACCCUAACUGUGAAGAGAUAUAACUGUGGGGAGUAGUUUACAUGUUUAAGAAAUAACUUAUUACUGCCACAGCUGAAGAACUGAUUCUGUACUUAAUCCAUUAGUCAGUAUUGGUGAAGGAUGCAGGUUGUUACAGAUGUGUGUAACUUUAAUCGUUCAUUCAUUCACAGUCUGUUUUACCACCGCUUUAUCCUAUUUAGGGUUGCAGUGGGUCUGAUUUACAGGACUCCAGUCCAUCACAGGGCAGACACAGACACAUUCACAUCCUAGGGCAAUUUUAAUAGCUUCAGUUAACCUGAAUACACAUCUUUGUGUAUUGUGGAAGAAAACUGCAGCACCUGGAGGAAACCCACACAGAUACGAGUAGAACAUCCAAACUCCACAUAGAAAGGUCCUGGACUGCUACCACCUGGGAAUUGAAUUUUGCUGUGAGGUGACAGUGCUACCUGAGUCACUGUGCUGCCCAACUUUCAUUCAUAUUUUUUCAAAAUGACAUGUAUUACACACAUAACAACCUGGAAAUUAAAUUAAAAGAUAAAAAAAUGCAAAUGUACUACAUGAUAUUGAGAAAAUAAUAAUGAGGUGUGUUUUUACCUAGUAGCCAUUUGCCGAAUUAAAUCUUUCUAGCAAAAGUGUAAGGAAUAAAUCCAAAUAAAAAAA